GGCGGCAACCCGGUCGGUCGCCCGAAGAAGGUUCAACCCUCUCCACAAGCGACGCCCGUUGUCGUACCAACGCAGGUCGACGUUGCGGACGUUGCCGUAGGAGGGGAUCCCUAUUCGCCGCCUCCGCCGGGUCAUCAGCACUAUCACCAUCAUCAUCACCACCAUCAUCACGAACAUCAUCAGAUGAGUCUCGUGCAUCCGGGUUUGGCGGCUCAGCAAACGACGCACAUGCAACAGCCAUCGUCCGGCAGCUAUCAGGAUUGGCCGCCGUGGGCACAGGAUCCUUGUGACUGAAUAGACCCCUCUGACCUGGUACUCUGCCAGGCCCGUGCCCGCCAAGCGUCUCUCUCUCGAAGAUCACGUCCUCCUCUCUCGUUGCAAGAAAAUUUCAUCAAAAAAGAUGACGUGAUUCGUGAUCGCAUCGGGAGAAUGUGCGUUGUGCGACGACUGAGAAUCAACCAUACGUAUGUAUGCACCGUUCGAUCGUCGUGAGUGCGUCAAAAACAAAAUUGUAUCGGUUGCCAUCUUGCUUUUUCGUUCGAUCUCUCGAAAAAAAAAAAAAAAAAAAAAAUAGAAACGCCAAACUUUCGAGCACGCCCGGAGGACGAGUCGCCGUCGAUUUUUUUCUCUUUGCUCAACACGUCUGCUUUCUUAUCUUCUUUAUUCUCUUUCAAUCGAUGUUUGGUACGUGUACGAGGCAAAAGGAUGCUUUUUCUUUUUCGAUCUAAGCUUUCAAAUUAUGUUCCUCCGAGAAAUCGAAACGCACAGAACAGACAGGAGAGAAUUCUCAAAGAAAGAUGCACGAUGAACGUCAAUAAAGAAACUUGGACGAUUCAAACGAGCGACCCAUUUCAGAUACCUCGACUCUUAGAAAAUUAUUUUUCUUUCAAAAUUAUCAGUCCUUUCGUCUCGCCGAGCAGCACGUUCCGUAAACUCGUUAAGCGUUCCUUGUUCCCGUGAUCGUUAAUGGUGUCUCUCGCUGCAAGGUGAAACGACGUACCAACGUUAAGACUCUUAAACGAUUGAAACCGUCAUUUUAAUCUUCCUCGAUGGUUUCUACGUUGUCUCGCUCUCGUCAUUUUUUCUCUCUCUCUCUUUCUCUCUCUCUCUCCCUCCCCUUCCUCUCUCUCUCUCUCUCUCUCUCUCUCUCUCUCUCUCUCUCUCUCUCUCUCUAUCUAUUUUUGUUUCUUUUAUUCAUAAUAAUCGAACGGAACUCAUUCGUGUCGCGUGUGAAAAGCAUUCAACGAAGAUUAUCAAUUGAAUUCAUUGAACGAGAAAUGCAUAAGUGGUACACUACAUUCAUAGUGGUUAUGUAGCCGCCGACAGUUUCUCAAGAAACCGAAGUACGUAUCUUCUACGCGUGGUUACAUUGGCGAUAAGUAGGAACGCUUUCUUUUACAGCCAAUUGCUGCCUUCGAAUAACGGCUGUGAAUGUAGAAAGAUGUAAAUGUAUGAUCCCCUUAUUCCCUCGUAUGAAUCCUUGUUCAGGUCUUACAUGUAUGAUGUGUGUCAGAGAAAGAGAGACAAAUAGAUAUAGCGAGAGAGAGAGAGAGAGAGAGAAAAAAAGAGAGCAAAAGAGAGAGAGAGAGAAAGAGAGAGAGAGAGAAGUGAAAAGAUGGGGUCACGCAUAAAGCAAUUGGAAAUUUACAUCAGCAUCGAUCUGACACUUGCGAACUUUCGUACAUUUCUUCGAUCGCUGAGAUACAAAAAAGAAACGAACAUCAUUUUUAUUUUCUAUUGAAGAGACAUCGACAAUUUUGUGAUCGCGCACAUUUUAGAAAGUCGAAUUGAUCGACGAGGCGCAAGAGCAAGACAUGCACUACAUCAACAAACUUUUUUCAAGCGACAGGGUUACGAUCAUCCGCAAUAAAUGUAACAUAAAUGUAUAAUCUUAUAACACGUUGCGAUAUAAUCUAUAAUGCCGCACGUAGCCAAUGUCGUUUCUCGAAUGUUGGACAGGCUUUUAUCCCUUCCACUUCUGUUUUACGUGAAGAACAAGCCAAGGGUAAAGCUAAAGCGACACUGACGACGAGCCAAUUCGAAGCUCGAUAUCGAAACUAAAGACACAAGUUUUUGAUGUAAACUGUACCAUAAUGAAAGGAUACAAAAAAAAAAAAACACCUCGAUCGUUAUACGUUUACUCGUUCCGUUAUUAGCGAACUUUUGUCUCAAGAGCUCUGCGUACUUAAAACAAAAAAUAUUAAGGGCUCGUAGGUAGGACUUUUGAAGAAAGCGACGCGGCAAUCUUAGGAAUGAAAGACAGGGAGAGAGGGAGAUAGAUAGAUAGAUAGAGAUAGAGAGAGAGAGAGAGAAAAAACAAAAUAAAAUAAUUGUCCUAAGCGUGAAUCUAACGACCGAUCUUGAGACCAAGCAAUGCACUUUUUUUUCCGUUAGUAUGUCAUCGGUCGUUGGAUCUCAACUUCUAACAACACGACACUCAACAAAUUGUUUCGUGAAAAAAAAGAGAGAGAGAGAGAGAGAG